AAGAGGAUGGACUGGGUGAAAUUGCGUUCCUAUUCCCGGAAGAAGCGGGCUCAACGGAAUGUCCAUUGUGCAUCUCCUCUCCCAGCUGCGGCAGCAUCUGCUGCUAUAGGUGAAAGGAAUGCUAAAGCCAAAGGGAGUCGGCAGCGCCUAGAUCUGCUUUCUGAACCUCGGCAGGAACCUCGUGUCAGAAGACAAAUUGGAAAUGCCAUUACAAAAUCAUUGCCCAAAAUUCAAGAAGCCUCUGGGGUGACCCAGAUGGACUGCCUUUCAAUGGAACAAAGUACUGAAUUAAAUGAAAAUGAAAACAGAAGCAUGGAGGUGAAUAAAAGUAUCAAUAAAAUAACCACUGCUGUAUUAAAGGAUUCUUUGCAUUUAAGCUCUGCAAGUAAAGAAAGUCCUAGAUAUAGUGAAACUACAUCAGGAAUGACUUUACCCACAGGUGUUUCACAUUUUUUGCUGCAGUGUUUGGAUGAAGAGUCUUCUCUGUGCUCUGAUACAGAAUCUAGUGAUGGAGCAAGUACUUAUUCAUCACCUGAAAUAUUCAGAGAUGAAAACACAUUAGAAAAAAGCUGCACUAGUCCAGAAGAAUGCCUUGGGCACAGGAAUUCAACCCUCUUGGAUACCAGCAAAGCCAUCAACAUAGACAAGAUGCCACAUGUGCCAAAUCUUUCACAGAUACUGGAGACAGUAUACCAGUAUAUGCAACUGCUCAGAGUAAUGACUCUGAUUGUGGCAGCUACACAAAGCACUGCCUUAGCCAUGGCCGUUAGAAGCAACAGCUGUAGCCAGGGAAAUCCCCUCUCACAAAGAGAACACAUUGGUGGAGCAUUGCAUUAUGGCAGAACUGAAGAUAUUACUAAGCAUAUAACUACUUUCUUACUUUCGUCUUGUUUUUCUUGUUUUUACCAUGGCAGGCUAUCAAAGCAGAAAUCACGUUCUGAAUUGACAGAUGUUUCAGCUGUAGUUGCAGGGAAACAAGUGUGCAAGAUUUUUCCCGCAAAGGAAAAGACACCUGAAUUGCAAUCUUUUGGAGCCUCCUUAUUGCCUCAAAAACAGACAAAAAAGACUAAAGAUCAGCAACCCAGGAAAAUGAAGUGCACAAAAAGAGUACUGUUUUCCUCAUCCUCUCCUUAUGUAUCGAGUCCAGCCAAAUCUUGUGGAAUCACAGCUGAAACCUUAGGCUCUGCACAGCCAGGCACUGGCAUGUUGGACUCGUCAUCAGUACAUAAAGUCUCACUCGGUGAAGCUUCCUUGCCGAGCACAAGUCGUUCAAAUGUAAAUUCAAAAGAAGUCAUUCCUGCUUCCCUGUCUCCAGAAAGUGUUAUUCGUCAGUGUCUACGUAACCCUCCAGAAAUCUGCUGUAUCAUUAAAGCUUCACCAGGACCACUGAAAGUUCUCCAACACCCACUGAAAAGAAAAAGAGUGUUUCCCCCACCAGGAGCAACUGAAGAUAUUAUUACCAGUUCAAAAUACUAGAUCUACAGGAACAAUAGG